AUGGGUGGUAAAGCUAUUGACGCCAACGAGGUCUUCUUCGACAACUACCUUAUCCCAGUCGAUAGUCUGAUCGGUGCCGAAGGUCAGGGGUUUAAAAUUCUCCUUCACGGCCUGAACGCAGAGCGCUGUCUACUAGCCGGCGAGGCCCUAGGCUUAGGAUACCUAGCCUUCUCCCGUGCAACCAAGUAUGCUAAGGAAAGGAUAGUCUUUGGCCGCGCGAUCGGGCAAAACCAAGCUAUCCAGCAUGCGCUCGCAGCGGCGUACAUGAACCUCGAAGCCGCGAAGUUGUCGAAAUACCACGCGGCGAAGCUGUACGAUGAGACCUCCUCAAGCACAGCCAGCAGUAGCAAUGAGACUCCAUCCCACAUAAGCGUUGGUGCGGCAUGUAAUUCAGCAAAAUACCUGGCCGCAGAGGCGGGGUACGCUGCCUGCGAACGAGCUAUCCUCGUCCACGGAGGAAUGGGCUACGCGCAGGACUUUCACGUAGAACGCUACCUGCGCGAGAGCUGGGUUCCACGCCUCGCCCCGGUGUCACGGGAGAUGAUAUUUAAUUUCAUUGGAGAGAAAGUGCUUAAGCUUCCUAAGAGUUAUUAG